AUGAAGAUUGUGUAUGCAAAUGUGCUCCUUGUGUUCCUCAUCCUUAGCUCCUCUUUCUUGGAAAUCUCAAUGGCUGGUUCAGCUUUCUGUGACUCAAAGUGUAAAGGGAGAUGUGCGAAGGCUGAGCUUAAGAAGAGAUGCUUGAAGUACUGUGGAAUCUGCUGCAAGAAGUGCAACUGUGUGCCAUCUGGGACUUACGGAAACAAGGACGAGUGUCCUUGCUACAGGGAUAUGAAGAACUCUAAGGGCAAGGGCAAAUGCCCUUGAGUUUCUUAUCCCUUUCAUUGCACCACAACACUUUCCAUUUUCUAUCUUCAUUUCCAUU